CUAGACAAAAGAAAAUGAAGAGGACUAGAAGUAUCAGAUUUAAUAAUGUGGUAAAUGUGUAUAAAGAAUUUCCAAUACCAUUGAUUGAUAAAGAAGACACUGAUGCGAUUGAACCAGCAACGGAUAAUGAAGACAGCGAUGUCACUGAACCAGCAAAGGUUGAAGAACACACCGAAGAGACUGAAGAAGCAAUGGGUAAAGAAGAGAGCAAUGUGACUGAACCAGCAAUGGAUGAACACACCGAUAAGACUGAAGAAGCAAUGGAUAAAGAAGAGAGCGAUGUGACUGAACCAGCAAUGGAUGAAGAAGUCAGCGAUGUCACUGAACCAGCAAUGGAAACAGAGAGCAAUGAGAUUGAACCAGCAAUGGAAACAGAGAGCAGUGUAACCGAACAAGCCAUGGAUACAGAUAUCAAUUUUGUGACUGAACCAGCAAUGCAUACAGAUAGCUAUGGGACUGAAUCAGCAGCAAUAGGCAGAGGCAGCAGUGUGACUGGACCAGCAGUAGUUAUAGACAGCAAUGCGCUUGAACCAGCAAUAGAUACAGAAGAUGACCAUGUGAAUGAUAUAGCACUAGAUUUAGCUGAGAAUGUCAUCGCUGCUGCUCUUAACAUUGUGGAAGAAGAUGAUGAAUACACCAUCAGAAACAUUAACUGGCUCACACAUGGUGAAUUCACACCAGAUAAGUGCCGUAGACAAAUCGAAGACUUCGUUAAGAAUUGGGAGUAUCAAGAACGUUGGGUUCACUACACAAAGUUAAUAGAGAAAAGAGACCUGGUUCACAGCUUCCACUACAUCUACUCUGUACGCUGGAGUGUCCCAACUUCUCAGACACCCACGGCAUUCAGCUCUGCCUUUGCCUUCUUCACCGUCAAGUUCAACAAAAAUAAACCUCCGGAUGCACCCAUUGAAAUCUCUUAUAUCUUUGAAGGACAGUCACUAAUACACAGACCAGGAACGACUCGCUUUCGAGAAAAUUGGGUGAAGGAAAUGGUUGUGGCCAAACAUAAUAUAAUGAAGUCAUUUCCCUUCUAAUUUAGUUGUGUCUGACUCUUACAGAAAGUUUUAUGAUUGGUUUUCUAAUCAGAAUGUAUUAAAAAACACCAUAUUGCACAUCAAACCACAAAAUAUUUAUUGGAUAAUAAACCGGUGACACACAA